AUGUCAGUCCUACGCAACAUUCAGCCACCAGCAGCGCCAUGGUGGAAGUUUGAGAAAAAGUCCGGCAUACUCGGGUCGAGCGCAUACUACGCCAAGGAGAUAUUUGUCCUCCUCUUCAUGAACGCACCGGCGCAGCAGGACCUGCUGACAAGCAGUUCGCAGCCGAGGAAACUGGGAGAGCCGCUCGCCCAGGCAGUCAGGCUGCUGGAAGAAGCUGCAGGACAGAAGAACCCCGAUGCGCUAUUCACCCUCGCCGAGAUGAACUUCUACGGCAACUUUACGCAUCCCCGAAAUUACUCCGAGGCCUUCCGCAGGUACCACGAGCUUGCGACACUGAACGGAAACUCGUCGGCACAGCACAUGGUGGGGUUCAUGUAUUCUACCGGUAUUGGUGGCGCGGUCAAGCAGGACCAGGCAAGAGCUAUGCUGUACCACACUCUGGCUGCCGAGGAUGGCAAUGUCCGCUCAGAAAUGACCAUCGCCUACCGACAUUCUGCCGGCAUCUCCACACCACGAAAUUGCGCAGAGGCUGUGCAUUUCUACAAAUCCGUCGCAAAGAAGGCAAUCACAUACAUUCGCUCAGGACCACCAGGUGGACAUUCUACCGUACGAGAAUCGUACAAGAUUGCUGACGAGGAGGGUGGCGUCUACGGCGAGGGUGCGAGUGCUAGCAGCUCUGGUCAGAAUGCCAAGAUCGGCAGCGUUCACUCAGAUGCAUACAGCUCGCUGGAAGACGUGGUCGAGUACAUGGAUCUCCAGGCCCGGAAAGGCGAUGCAAGAGCCAGCUUCAACCUUGCCAAGCUCAACUACGAUGGAUCUAGAACAUCCGAGCGCGACUUGCCGGCAGCAAAGAAAAGGUUCCUUGAACUUGCUCGCAUGUACUGGACAAAGGAGGGCAAGAUCAGACCGAAUGUGCCACCUACUACUGAGAGGCUGGCUGCGAAGGCCGCUGGCUAUCUUGGACGUAUGUUCCUCCGUGGAGAAGGAAUGCCCGAAAGUUACGAAAUCGCGAAGACCUGGUUCAAGCGUGGCAUUGACCAUGGAGACGCGCUAUCCCAGUACUCCAUGGGCAUCAUGUAUCUGAAUGGACUGGGUGUACCUCAGGAUGCCGUAAGAGCAGCUGACUUGUUUGCUGCCGCUGCAGAUCAGGACCUGGCAGUUGCGCAAGUUAGACUCGGAGCACUGUUCCUCGAUCAAGGCGACGUCGCCAUCGCGAUAAAGUACUUUGAGCUUGCCGCUAGGCACGGACACCUCGAAGCAUUCUACUAUCUCGCUGAGCUCACCCACAACGGCGUCGGCCGUGACAAGUCCUGCCCCGUUGCAGCUGCUUAUUAUAAGAUCGUCGCUGAGAAAGCCGAGUUCAUCUCGACAUCGUUCCCAGAAGCCAACGCAGCUUAUGCCAGUGGCGAUCUCGAAACAGCUCUUGUAGGCUAUAUGAUGGCCGCCGAGCAAGGUUUUGAAAUCGGCCAGGCAAACGUCGCAUACCUCCUCGACCAGGUCAAGCCGCGCUUCACUCUCUCUUCCAUCGUACCUUUCAUGAAGAAACAAGCCUCGCUUGCCGGCGACGCCGCUCUAGCUCUGAUCUACUGGACCCGCUCCGCCGAGCAAAAAAACGUAGACUCCAUGGUCAAAAUGGGCGACUACUACCUCCAAGGCCUCGGCACCACCGCCGACAAAGAGAAAGCUGCCCAAUGCUACCAAGCUGCCGCAGACACUAUGCAGUCUGCCCAAGCAAACUGGAACCUGGGCUGGAUGCACGAAAACGGCAUCGGAAUCGACCAAGACUUCCACCUCGCGAAGAGACACUACGACCUCGCCCUGGAAACUAAUCCACGCGAGGCGUAUCUCCCAGUCGUCCUGGCGCUAUACAAGCUUAGGCUGCGGAGUUGGUGGAAUACCAUUACGAAUGGCAAGAUUAAGAGCAUUCAGGAUGAACCCGUCCAGAAAAAAGACCUCACACUGACAGAAUGGCUCUCGGCCUUUCUCGAAGCCGAACUCGCAGAGUGGGACCUCGACGACGCGUAUCCCGAUGACGACUAUGACGACUACGCCGACGACAUCGAUUCGGAUAUCCUGGAGUCGCUGGUCAUACUCGCGUUGAGCGGCGCGCUGGCGUUCUUGUUGUACUACCGCACGCAGCGACAAAGGCGCCAGGAGGAAGAGAGGCGCAGGCAGGAGGAGCAGCAGAGACAGUUGGGGCAGCAGCCGCAAGGGGCACAGCAGGGACAGGAUAGGGGGGAUCCAGAGUUUCUGAAUUGGGUUGCGGGUGGAGUGGGGCAUUGA